AUGGACAAGAAUGAGGCUUCACCGGCGUCCGCUGCCACCAUGAAAAAGAAGGCGGUGAGCAGCGGCGGACGCGGCCACAUCGGCGCAUCCAAGGCUGCCACCGCGUCCAAACGCCUGGGACGCAACGGCGGCAAGAACUGCCCGGAAACACUUCCGCCCGGCAAGCAGAGCGCGCCGAGCCUUAAACCGGCCGCGGCAUCGGACGGCAACGCCGUGAUGGACGAGACGGAAGACGGGGAGGAAGAGUCCAAGUUUCAGUACCCGCGUUUGCGCCGAGCCGGGGGAAGCGGCAGUGGCGGAGGAGGUGGAGGAGGAGGAGGAGGAGGAGGGGGCAGUAUAAGAAUGAAGAACUUUACGCCAGGAGGGGGAGCCGCGUCCGCAUCUACGGCGUCCAGGAGAAACUCCAGCAGCACCGACGCUCCCGCCGCCCCAGCACGGCCCGCUACGGCUAUUUCCUACAGAACCGCCGAGACGCAGACGAGCCGUCCGGGAGAUGCUGCCGGCCGCGGCGACACCAGCAGAGCAUCUGGGGCGGUGGCGUCUGCAUCCGAGGUCUUCGUAGAGAUUUCAAACGUGACAGCGGCGGGUGAUGGUUGCAACGGCACCGCUCCCAUUUCCAGCAUGAAAUGCAACAAAAACGGGGAAUGCAGGAGGGACUCGGGCACCGGGAGCCUGCGCUCAUUCAUCUCCAAGCAGGAGAAGCAGACAGCAGCGGCAGCGGGAGGAGGAGGAGGAGGAGGUGGUGGUGGAGGAGGAGGAGGGUCGGGGAGGGCCGAGGACGGAGGGAACGCCAAGCGGGGAGCCUGUAACUCGACCUCCGCCAGCAUGGACGGUUCAGUCACGCCAGGCGGAUCCCUGGCCGGGGGGCAGGGAGGAGAGAGCGCCAACCCCGCCGUUACCCCCGUGUCCACCGGUGUCAACGAGAAGAAGGACUCCAAGGUGUCCUUCUCCAACGCGCCAAGCCGGAAAGCCUCCUCCUCGCUCCACGGGCCGACUCCGACCCAGCAACAGAGGAACUCUGUUACUUUCCAGAAGGCGGAGGACGGACCCCAGAUUGUGGCCGCCGAAGAUGCGGAGACUCGGGGCAGCCAGGCCAGCUUCAUGCAGCGGCAGUUUAGCAGCAUGCUGCAGCCGGGAGUUAACAAAUUCUCCUUACGCAUGUAUGGGAGUCAAAAGGCGGUGGAGAGGGAGCAGGAGCGGGUCAAAUCAGCCGGGAACUGGAUUAUUCAUCCCUACAGCGAUUUCAGGUUCUACUGGGAUUUCACGAUGCUGCUGUUUAUGGUGGGCAACCUGAUCAUCAUCCCGGUGGGCAUCACCUUCUUCAAGGAUGAGACCACCACGCCCUGGAUCAUCUUCAACGUAGUCUCCGACACCUUCUUCCUCAUGGACCUGGUGCUCAACUUUCGCACGGGAAUCAUCAUUGAGGACAACUCAGAUAUCAUUCUGGACCCUAAGACGAUCAAGAAGAAGUACCUAAAGACUUGGUUCAUUGUGGACUUUGUCUCCUCCAUCCCCGUGGAUUAUAUCUUCCUCAUUGUGGAGAAAGGGAUCGACUCAGAGGUGUACAAGACGGCCCGAGCGCUGAGGAUUGUCCGCUUCACCAAGAUCCUGAGUCUGCUGAGGCUGCUGAGGCUCUCCAGACUCAUACGGUACAUUCACCAGUGGGAAGAGAUUUUCCAUAUGACCUAUGACCUGGCCAGUGCGGUGAUGCGUAUCUUUAACCUGAUUGGUAUGAUGCUGUUGCUGUGUCACUGGGAUGGCUGCCUACAGUUCCUGGUUCCCAUGUUGCAGGACUUCCCUUCGGACUGCUGGGUGUCACUCAACAAGAUGGUGAAUGACACAUGGUCAGAGCUGUACUCCUUUGCAGUAUUCAAGGCAAUGAGUCACAUGCUGUGCAUCGGCUACGGCCGGCAGGCUCCGGAGAGUCUGUCGGAUAUCUGGCUCACCAUGCUGAGUAUGAUUGUCGGAGCAACCUGCUACGCCGUUUUCAUCGGCCAUGCCACGGCGCUCAUACAGUCGCUGGACUCCUCCAGACGACAGUACCAGGAAAAGUACAAACAAGUGGAGCAGUACAUGUCUUUCCACAAGCUGCCGGCGGACUUCCGGCAGAAAAUCCACGACUACUAUGAGCACAGAUACCAGGGCAAGAUGUUCGACGAGGAGAGCAUUCUGGAAGAACUCAACGAGCCUCUCAGAGAGGAAAUUGUGAACUUCAACUGUCGUAAGCUGGUGGCGUCCAUGCCGCUGUUCGCCAACGCCGAGCCAAACUUCGUGACGGCCAUGCUGACCAAGCUGCGCUUCGAGGUCUUCCAGCCACAUGACUACAUCAUAAGGGAGGGCACCAUCGGGAAGAAGAUGUACUUCAUCCAGCAUGGAGUCUGCAACGUCAUCACCAAGGGCACCCUGGGAAUGAAACUCUCGGACGGCUCAUAUUUCGGAGAGAUCUGUUUGUUGACACGUGGUCGGCGCACAGCCAGCGUGCGGGCGGAAACCUACUGCCGACUGUACUCCCUGUCUGUUGACCAUUUCAAUGAGGUGCUGGAGGAAUACCCCAUGAUGAGGCGAGCCUUCGAGACCGUGGCGAUUGACCGGCUGGAUCGCAUAGGUAAAAAGAACUCCAUCUUGAUGCACAAGGUUCAACAUGACCUCAACUCUGGCGUCUUCAACAACCGCGAGAACGAGAUGAUCCAGGAGAUUGUCAAGUACGACCGUGAAAUGGUGAAGCUGGUGGAUCUGCAGCGACCACGUGCGAUGUCUAUGACCCCGUCCAUCGGCGGUAUCUUCGCCCCUCCCGGCCAGCCUCAGUCCGGCUCAGCCAUCGCCACGCUCCAGCAGGCUGUGGCCAUGAGCUUCUGUCCCCAGAUGGCAAGUCCCUUGGUCGGUCCGGGGACUCUGCAGUCUCCUCGCAUGGUGCGGAGGUUCCAGGUGAUGCAGAACCUCUCCAGCCCGGUCUCCAUGUCUCCUCUUCAAUCUCAGCUCCCGCUGGCAUCUGGAGGUGCCUUUGGGUCUACAGUUUCCAGUCCACCUGUUCAAAGCCCGCUGGCAGCUCCGGGACGGACCUUCCAGUACAUGGGGGGCGUGGGGCCCUCCGGUUCCCAGCUUUCGCUGGUGCAGCACCAUGCACCCAGCCCCACACAGACCCAGCAGAGGCCCGCGUCGCACAAGAGUACCCACUCCCUCCACAUGGGCAGUUUGAGCCAGGAUGCCCGAGCCCUGUCUGCCUCCCAGCUCUCACUCCCUCAGGAGGGAACGUCCCAGGGUGCCUCCGUGGUGCCAAGCCCUCCACCAUCAACCCGCAACUCCAACACCUCCAUCGGUCCACCUCAGCAACCUCACCCCAGCGCGCCGGGGCCCUCGGGGGUGGGCAGGCCAGCGGGAUCUUCACAGAGGGUGGCCUUUGCAUCCACGCCUCCGUCCAGCGGGCCUCCUGCAGUGGUGACAGCUGCUGGAUCGGGACCUCCAGACUCUGGAGUUCCCAAGAAAGAUUCAAUUGUUAGCCUUCCAGAGCUAGACUCUGCCAGAUCCCGGCUGUCUUCCAACUUGUGA